AUGAACUCGACGGCCACGAUCUCAAACGCGACGAGCACGAUCACGAAUGCAACGAAUGACGCUUGGCAGGUUCCGUACGAGCAGUCUCUCAAUGGCGCCGUCUUUGCCGGCGCUGUAGCAUGGGGGAUACAUACGUUCGUCUUCAUCCGGUGUCUAUACGCCAUCGAUUCGAAGUGGGUUAUGGCUUCUCUCAAGUGGCUACCAGUAGCAUGCACCCUUUUCGCCACGGCCACCACGAACGUCUUCUGCAGCUUCAAGUUCAACGAGCUUGCAUGGAUACAACAGCGUGGUUAUCCUGGUGGUCCCAUUGCCUUCUUUGCGGAGCAGCAGUCCCACCCGCUCCAUGUCGCUGCUGUCGGCAGUGCUACCAUCGCGCUGAUUUCGUCGUACGCAUUUAUGAUAUACCGGAAUCAUUCACUCUGGAAUAAGCGCUUCUUUACGAUCAUUAUGUCUCUCUCACUCCUUCUUGACAGUGUCGAUGCCUUUGGCAAUUUCGUGAAGCUUGGGGGUACUCCGCCUUGGGACGGGGUCUCCCGCGAUUUCACUAAGCCGGCGUACUCGCUUCUCGUCUUCCCACAGAUGUUUCUCUGUUUGUCCCUCCUGUCCCGAGAGCUCUACCUCUGUAAACGUUCCAAGUGGGACUUGAUCGUCGUGGUCCGAGGAGAUCCUCAAACCAUGAUGGAGUACAACGAACGGUAUCCCUUCUGGAUCGAGAGCGCGAUCCCUCUAUGGUUGCUAACUGUAGUUACAACUUUUGUGCGAGUCAAGGGGACAAUAGCAAGUCCAGUCACUAUAUCGCUCUUCGUGCAGGUGGCGCCUACGAUGGCGGAGCUCAUGAUCACUCACAUGGUACGCGAUAGUGGUUCCUCGAAGGAGUCGCUUGCCUUGUGA